AUGACAGCACAGGUUAACCGCGCGGUCACACAGACCAGGACCGCGCGGGCCAUGCUGCGACCGGUCCUACAGUCCAAUCUCUCGCUGCGAACGAAAAUAGGCAUAUACAAGACUUAUAUUCGUUCGCAGCUGACGUAUGCCUCCCCCGCAUGGUACGCGCUGUGCUCCGACGCACAGAGGCGGCGCAUGCAGGCGCAACAGAACUGCGUUCUGCGUAUGUGCGCAGACGCGGGUCGUUACGUACGUAACGACGUAAUUGCCCGAGAUCUCGCGGUCCCCUCGGUGGAAGAGUUCGUCCGCCGGCUGGCACGUACAAUGUUCAGCCGGGCGGACGCCAGCCACCACCCGCACUUGAGGGACCUAGCCCCGCUCCACGCGCGCCCACCGGACGCGACACGCGCAUUGCCGCGAGAUCUCCUGCGCACAGCAGGCACAAAGCAGGGCGACGGUUAA